AUGCAUUCAGCUGUCCUGGCCACGCUCUUCUUGUUGAACUGGAUUCACUGCUGGUCCCUGCCGCUUUUCAAUGGCGAUGAUGAUGAUGACGUGUCUGAGGAAGACCUCGAGUUUGCAGAGCACUACCUGAAGUCAUACUAUCAUACUGUUCCUCUUGCGGGAAUCCUGAAAAAGUCUGCAGCGACCUCCACAGUUGACAGACUCCGAGAAAUGCAAUCUUUCUUUGGCCUAGAAGUGACUGGCAAACUUGAUGAUCCCACCUUAGACAUCAUGAGGAAACCAAGAUGUGGAGUCCCUGAUGUGGGUGAAUACAGUGUGUUCCCUCGAUCCCUCAAAUGGUCCCACACGAACUUAACUUAUAGAAUUGUGAACUAUACCCCCGACAUGCCCCACUCUGAAGUGGAGAAGGCCUUCAAAAAGGCCUUCAAAGUCUGGUCAGAUGUGACACCUCUGAAUUUCACCAGAAUCCAUGAUGGCACUGCUGAUAUCAUGAUAUCUUUUGGAACUAAAGAACAUGGUGACUUCUACCCAUUUGAUGGACCUUCUGGUCUUCUGGCACAUGCGUUUCCUCCUGGACCAAAUUAUGGAGGGGAUGCCCAUUUUGAUGAUGAUGAAACCUGGACAAGUAGUUCCAAAGGUUACAACUUGUUUAUUGUUGCUGCCCAUGAACUUGGCCACUCCUUAGGUUUGGACCACUCCAAGGACCCAGGAGCCCUGAUGUUUCCCAUCUAUACCUACACGGGCAACAGUCACUUCAUGCUUCCUGAUGACGAUGUUCAAGGAAUCCAGUCUCUCUACGGUCCAGGAGAUGAAGACCCCAAUCCUAAACAUCCCAAAACACCAGACAAGUGUGACCCAACCUUAUCCCUUGAUGCCAUUACCAGUCUCCGAGGAGAAACCAUGAUCUUUAAAGACAGAUUCUUCUGGCGUCUGCACCCUCAGCAGGUCGAGGCAGAACUGUUUUUGACAAAAUCAUUUUGGCCAGAACUUCCCAACCAUGUGGAUGCUGCAUAUGAACAUCCAUCCCAUGACCUUAUGUUCAUCUUUAGAGGUCGAAAAUUCUGGGCUCUCAAUGGUUAUGACAUUCUGAGUGGUUAUCCCAAAAAGAUAUCUGACCUGGGAUUUCCAAAAGAAGUGAAGAGACUAAGUGCCGCUGUGCACUUAGAGGACAUGGGCAAGACUCUCUUCUUCUCUGGGAGGCAGGUGUGGAGAUAUGAUGAUGCUAACCAGACUAUGGACAAAGACUAUCCCCGAUUCAUAGAAGACGAAUUCCCUGGAAUUGGUGACAAAGUAGAUGCUGUCUAUGAGAAGAAUGGCUACCUCUACUUUUUCAAUGGGCCAAUACAGUUCGAAUACAGUAUCUGGAGUAAUCGCAUUGUGCGAGUCAUGCCAACAAAUUCCUUACUGUGGUGUUAA